AUGCCAGUGGCGAAACCACAAUCUUCUGAUGCCAGAAUCAUCGGUCACGUCGACAUGGACUGCUUCUACGUUCAGGUGGAGCAGAGAAAGCAACCGCAUUUAAGGGGUUUAACUUCUGCUGUGGUGCAGUACGAUGAGUGGAAAGAUGGGGCCCUGAUAGUUGUUAGCUUUGAGGCCCGGAAAUAUGGUGUAAAGUGUUCAAUGAGAGGUGUUGAGGCAGAGGAAGUUUGUCCGCAAAUUGAGCUAGUCCAAGUCCCUGUAGCCCAUGGUGAAGCUGAUCUGAUUACAUAUCGGAAUGCCUUGUGGUCCUUUCUUUCAAGGAAGGGUCGUUGUGAGAGAGCUUUUAUUGACAAAGUGUAUCUCGAUCUUACUGAUGCUGCAGAAGCUAUGCUACCAGAAACUCCUGUAGAGAGCUUGGAAGUGGUAGAUGAGGAAGCUCUUAAAUCACACAUGUUGGGGCUUGCAAGUGGGGUAAAAGAUCCUGCUUUUCUAUUUUCUGUAAUAUUUUACAAAUGCUUAGGUUAUAAUGGUUAA